CUUUAAAAUUGGCGGUCCUUCAAGCUCAGCUAAUUUCUGGAAUCAUAACUCUGCUGUGAAACUUAUGUCAAGAAGGAGAUUAUCAGUAUUUGGUAGAAAGCAGGAAAAUGCGGUCUAAAAUCCCCUAACUGAAGUUUCCGCAGUUUUUCGUCAACUCGCGUCGGCUUCAAGUCGUCACUGUUUACAGAAAAAAAAUGAAAGUCAAGAUAACCGCUUUACUGUAUGCACAAAUGCCGUGAGUUUCCUACAGCCGCCCUUACAGAAUGCCGUGAGUUUCCUACAGCCGCCCUUACAGAAAAGGUGCAAAAUUCUCCGCAAUAAAAAUACUUCACCGACAAAACAUUGGUGAUCGUCAAGGAAGAUUGGUAUUAGGCCAACUAAACGUUUACCUAUUGAAAAGUCACAUGGUCGCGAAUAGCCAAUGGGUAAAGGGCUUCUUUGUCAUGCAAAUUGUCGGCGCGUUUGUUGUAAUUCCAUUUUGAAACCUUUGACAUGCCAAGCGUUUUGGACAGUUGACGGUGGAAAAUCGCACUUGGAAAUCAGUUCGGGAAGCCUGGUGUUAUUGCUGUUCAACUGCAAUUAGAAAAUUUGCGGCUGUUAUCAGAUAAAACUGUGAUACUCGAGUUAAUGUAUUUACAGACAGUUUUUAGGCCGUAGCCAGGCAUUUUCCUGGUGAAAUGGGGAAGUAUUGUAUUUUGAGAAUGAUUCAAUGAUGAUCGGUUCGAUUUGUUGUUUGGAGUAAAACCACAAAAGAGUGCUUAUCUCGACAAGUUCGCUUGACGAAAGGACGAUUGUAAAGCAUGGAGAAAAACAGCCUUUUCGUUCAGUUUCUUUGUAUGAUAAUUCUAAGUCUCGUGCAGUGUUUGGUAGCCGGUGUGGCUCACACGGGGAAUGGCAACGGAGACAAUUUAUUACGUGUAGCAGAUUCGUACAUUCAUGGCUGGAAAGAUUUUGCCGUUGAUACCAAAUUAUCACCUAUUUUAUCAAAGCUAAUUGUUGACCCUUCAAGUGGCAAUGUCCAUAUCGAUAGAUCGUUAUACUGCGAACUAAAAGGUUUACACAGAACUAUCGCGGUAAGCAGCUUUAAAUCUACGAAAUUUGGAAAGAAACUGAAAUUGAUAAGAUCGAUUCCUUUACUUGAUCACAAUCUAAACUGUAGUAACGAUACAAGGACUUUGGAUGUAGCUCAUCCAGAACAUGAAAAUCUAGACUUUCUUUUCCUUCCAAGGAACGUCUUUUUUGAUUCGGCAACAGUCGAUUUUUUGUCUUCAUUCUCCGAGUAUGCACGGAAGACUCAUGGAAAUAGUGUGUUUAUGAAGUUUGAAAAUUGCAAACAAUCCGUACCUUUCUUUGGAGCAACGUUAAUUGUGAAUUCUCAUUUAUCGAAAGUGCUCGAAAGGUGCUCUCCUAAUUACCCAAUGUUGUUGAGAAUGCAAGUCAUGAGAAAUGGUUUUAUAGUGGAAGAAAAAGGAAUUGUUAUUGUUGCCGAAAAACACGCAAACGGCAUGUUGAAAACACACAGGCGAGGAAGACGUUCCACGCCUACCUUUCCAAGACCUUAUUACAGCCUGAAGAUCCCUGAAAACAUGCCAGUAGGGACAACCAUAAUAACACUGAAUGUUGAGCCAAGUUCUGUGCCUGGAUUGGACAUCGCAUACUCUAUAUCUCCAUCAAGUAUUGGGUUUAGUAUAAACUCCAAAACUGGGGCAGUGACAAUUAGCAGGUCCCCUGACUACGAGGCAAUGCAAACAAAAAAAUACUUUAACCUUUUCGUGAGGACCUCGUUUGCUGAAACAAGGCUUGUUAUACAGAUAGUAGAUGUAAAUGAUAAUACUCCCGAGUUUGAGCAAAAUCCUUAUACCAGGACAGUUUCUGAAGCUACCCCAAGUUCAGCAUCCAUCUUAGAAGUGAAAGCCAUUGACAAGGAUAGUGGAAGAAACGGUGAUGUAACAUACUCGUUGAAAAAUCCAGGGGGAAUUAACUCUGCUUUUGAGGUAGAUUCAUAUUCUGGGCAAGUAUUUCUGAGAAAUACACGUUUAGAUAGAGAGACCUCUCCCAGAUAUGAACUAAUAAUUGUGGCAGAAGAUGAUGGAACACCUAAAAAAUCUUCUGAAACUAAAGUGAUUAUAACAGUUUCAGACAUAAAUGAUAACAGCCCAGUUUUUGAUAAACCAGAGUAUACACACACAAUCUCAGAAAACACAAACCCAGGAACCAUACUUUUAAGGGUCAAAGCAAAUGACAAGGAUGAAGGAACUAACAGCAAACUUUCAUACAGCAUUUAUAAUGACUUCACUAAUCCUGUUGUGUCUAAAUUUGAAAUAGGCCGAGCAACAGGAGAUGUAAUCUUGAAACAACAAUUGGAUUAUGAGAAUGAACUAGAGCGAUCUGUUCGUUUUACUGUGGAGGCAAGUGAUGCUGGCAUACCAGCAAAGAAAGGGACAGCCUUUGUGAAUAUAAUUUUAGAGGAUUUCAAUGAUAAUUCCCCCAUUUUUCGUCAAGGCUGCACUAAGUAUGUUCUUGAGAGUGCAAGUAAAGGAGAGACUGUUUGCACAGUUUCUGCUGCUGAUUUAGAUGCAUCAUUACCUAACAAUGAGAUUGUCUAUUCUUUUGGUCAAGCCCCAGAUAAUCUACCAUUUAUUGUUGAUCCAGCAUCUGGGCAAGUUAAGGUUUCGAAGAAACUUGACUUUGAUAACCCAAGCACAAGAAAAUUUGAAUUUACAAUAAUUGCAACCGAUAAAGGAGUUCCUCCAAAGUCAACUUCAAUUGUCGCAAAGAUAACUCUUAAAAAUGUUAAUGACAACUUGCCUGUUUUCUCAAAGCAAAGUUACCAUGUGAGUGUUCCAGAGACAACAAAACCAGCCACAUCAAUUCUUGAGCUCUCUGCAUCUGAUAUUGAUCAGCCGGAUAACAAUGAAUUUCAGUUCUCCAUUAUCAAAGGAAAUGAGAAAAACUGCUUUUCUAUCUCAGAUGGAAAGAUUUUUGUACAAUGCAAUCUGAACUUUGAUACAGAUAAGAUUUUCAACUUGACAGUACAGGUAAAAGAUUCUGGCCAGUUGGGACAGCAGUUAAGCUCAACAACAUUUGCAGUAAUUCAAGUUAUAGAUGCAAACACUCAUGUUCCAUACUUUUUGCCAAUUACAAGUGUCCCAUCAGUUCGAGAAGAUGCACCAGUAGGAACACUAGUGCUCAAUGUAUCGGCAAGGGAUUUAGAUUUUGGAGAAAAUGGUCGUAUAUCAUAUUCAAUUAUAAACAGUGAUGGGUAUUUCAAAAUAAAUGCUGUAACUGGAGAGAUCCGGACAUUGAAGAAGCUGAACAGCGAAAACACAGUGAAACAUGAGUUGACAAUAAUGGCAAGGGAUCAUGGAUUACCAGUCAAAUCUUCAACAAUGCAACUUAUAAUUGGUGUCACUGAUGUGAAUGACAAUGCUCCUGUCUUCAGAAGAAAGGAAUACGUAGUAGAUGUGAAGGAAAGUAUUGAGAUUGGCAGUAUGAUCCUGAGGGUUCGUGCAACUGAUGCCGACACAGGGUCCAACAACAGAGCUGUUGUCUACAAAAUCCCUAAAGGAUUUGACGGGAAUGGCACGUUCUACAUUCAAACGGACGGAUACUAUGGCACUCUGCGCACCAAGAAGAGGCUGGACAGGGAAACCGUGGAUAGCUACACCCUAAAGGUUCAGGCAUUCGACAAGGGAACACCCCCAUUGAACUCUUCCACUAUUGUAAAAGUAAAAGUUCAAGAUGUAAUGGACAGCCCCCCUGUCUUCAAGCAAAAGAGAUACAAUAUUACACUGAAGGAAAACUACCAAAGUAAUGUCGUUUUUAUGCGUGUCACCGCCAAAAGCGCAGAUUUCAACACAGACAACGAAAUAUUCUACCAGAUCAGCCGCGGGUCAGGCGGGUCUGACUUUUUCAUUGAAGGAAGCAGUGGCAAAAUAAGUUUACGACAAGGACAUACUCUUGAUUACGAGAAGCAGCGGCAAUAUGUAUUCGACGUGAUAGCGUAUUACGGCCAGACGACAUUUACCGAUACGACCGUCGUAAACGUAACAUUGACUGAUCUGAAUGAUAACAGCCCAUCGUUACGCCCUUUCGAAGCCUUCCUGAAUUUCUUCGAGGACAAGUUUCCGAAAAAUCCUGUAUUUAAGAUCCCGGCAGAAGACAAAGAUGUCAACGACAUCUUAAAAUACGAAAUUGUUGGAGGUGAAGGGAAGGACUUCGUAACAUUAGAUUCAAAAACUGGUAUUUUAACUUUCAACAAAAACACCGAAAAUCUGGGAAGCGAGGUCCGGAUAAAUGUUCGCGUUACGGACGGUGUUUUCGAAGAUGUUAGCCACGGCUUUAUAACAGCGACAAUGAUAUCUUCAGAUAUGGUCAACAACACAAUCAGAAUCGUGUUGAAUAAUAUGACGGAAGAUUCUUUUUUAAAUUCGAAAAGCAUCAACGCCUUUAAAGACGCAUUCGCUGCGGCGGUUGGUUGCAGUCGCCGUCUUGUGUUCAUCGUCGGCGUCGAGAAUUACCUCUUGUUCUUGCACGAAGACCAAACCCCAAAAGUACAGAUAUCUGUAGCCGCCAGAGCUAGCACGGGGGGCAGCUUCUUGAAUCCUAGCCGUAUGAAGGAUAGUUUGUACCUGAACAAGGGAAGUUUCAUGGAAACAAUGGGCAAAACGCUCGUUACAUUUGACGACGGAGAUGAGCUUUGGUGCGGGAAGGAGUCUUGUCCUAAUUACAAGCAAUGUUCAUUGACUGUUAGUUACAAAAAAGAGGCUUCGACAAAACCAAAGACAACGGAGACAGUAAUAUUCUGGGGGAUCAAACCUUUAACAAAACACGGCUGCAAUUGCCCUCUUGGUUAUAGGUAUCUGGUAGAGAAUGGUCACAAGGCGGACUGCGCUGCAUCAUACAGUCUUUGCUUCUCUAAUCCCUGUGGUGCAAAUGGCGUGUGUAUAAGCACAGAUGGCGGGUUUGCUUGCAAAUGCAAGGCCGGAUACACGGGUAAGACGUGCAGAAUUAGUCUUAAAAAGAAAAAUUGCCCGCGGGACACCUCGGAAAUCUGUAAAAACGAAGGCUCGUGCACGGUUGAUAGUGCCCUGAAUGAGCUGAAGUGUAUAUGUAAGAAGAAAACGGACGCGCACACGCCGUCGUGUGAACUGACAACAAGGUAUUUCCCUGAUUGGUCGUAUGCUUCCUUCCAAGGCAUAAAGAAUCGUUGGAAACUCCAUCUGACUAUGGAAUUCGUCACAGAGUCAGCAAAUGCCGUUUUAUUCUACAAUGGGCGUUACAGCGAAAAGCGAGAUUUCAUUGCCAUUAGAUUAUCUGGUGGUCAAGCAGAGCUUGUCCUGUCAUUAGGCGUGGAACUAACCUUUGUGAAGUCCUAUGUUGAUGGCGGAGUGAACACCGGCUCGUGGGUUAAAGUCACUGUUGCCUUAGAUAAUAAGGUCGGCCGAAUCGCGGUGGGUGAUGCGUGUGAUCUUGAGAUUGGCAGUCUUGCCAACUCAGAUGGCAGCAAGCGGUUCUGCGCAGCAAGCAAACCCGUCAAAGGUACUUUCAGAUCCCUCGAUUUGACAGCGCCGUUUUUCAUUGGUGGAUAUCCACAAGGAAGCACAAUGAAGCUUCCCAACUGGGAUUACGUAGGAUGCAUUCGAAAUCUCUAUGUUGAUCACGUGUUUUUCGACCUCUCGAAUCCACUGAAACAAAACGCAUCUCAAAUUGGGUGUCCUGUGAAAAAGAACUACUGCACCAAGUCAACGUGUGCUAAUGGAGGUGUAUGUGUAAGCCUAAUUGGUGGAUUUAGAUGCGACUGUAAAGAUGGCUUCAUUGGGAAGUUUUGUCGAACUGACGUCAAAUCAAGUUCCGGAGCCGUUCGAUUUGAAGUCAACUCUCUGAUAACAUUCAAAGACCUGGUUCAUACAUUGAAGUCACCCCCAGCCUCCUUUACCGCUGAAAUGACAAUCAAGACGAGGCAGACAGACUCUGUUCUCAUUUAUCAACUGAUUGACGGUUUGGAUGCAUACCUCAAGAUCGUUGGUGGUUCUGUAGCCUUCUUUUACCAGUCAAAACAAAUGGCUAAUCUUUCGGCAGCGUCAGUUUCUGAUGGAAAUUGGCACAACAUAAAGAUGACAUUGGACUCCAAGAAGAUACAGCUGUCGCAAGAUUAUGAGCGACAUCAUGUGACAAAAAUUCACCAGGUUCCAAUGGAUUCGAAGCCAGUGAAGAUGGUGUCUGUGGGAGGGGUAAAGCAAGCUGGGAAAGUGUCUCAAGGGUUUCUCGGCUGUCUACAAGGAUUGAUGUUGAGUGGUGUGUACAUCAAGACAGUGGGUGUCAACCUUAAGCCGGGUUGCCAAUCGACGCUGCAGUGUGGAAGCUGUGGCACUGGUACCUGCUCCAAAGAAUGGGAUGCAGAAACAUGUCAUUGCCCUAAAGGAUUUACCGGACCGGACUGUGUUGACGUUUGCCGAUUAAACCCAUGUUUGAAUGACGGGCUUUGCAGAAGAUCAAGCACUACGGUACAUGGCUUUACAUGCGAAUGCAAGCCAUCUUUUACAGGCCCCCGAUGCGAGACCAAGAUGUCAACUGAAUGUGAUGAUGGAUAUUUUCGUCUGCCUGGCAAAUGGGAAUGUGGCCCAUGUGAAUGUGAUAUCAGUCGAUCUUUUGAUCCAAGGUGCAACAAGACCUCAGGCCAUUGUUUCUGCAAGAGCGGAUAUUUCUUGAAAUCGAACAGUUGUGAGAGAUGCAACUGCCUGCAAGAGGGGUCGAUUAACAGCGAGUGUGAUCGCAUGACUGGGCAAUGUCGUUGCAAGCCUCGUGUUGUUGGCCUCGAUUGUGAUCGCUGCAUGGGUCCAUUCGAAGCUAUCACUCGCGACUGUUUAGAAAUCAACACAUCAUGCCCAAAAUCAUACUCCGAGAAAAUAUGGUGGAGUCAAAUUGAACUGGGCCAAACUCGAAUUGAAGAAUGCCCAGUUGGGACGGUUGGAAAUGCCAAACGAUAUUGUCACCCUAGACGCAGCUGGCAAAGGGCAGACCUCAGUGCUUGUACAUCGCUGGAAUUUCUUGCCGCUAAUAGGACGCUUUCCCAACUGAAUGACAAAACAAAGAACAUGACGAAAGAACUGGCGGUGGAUUUGGCGCAAAGUUUGGAGUACGCGUUAACGACUGGUAAAGCGCUUUACGAAAGAGACAUCCGAAUAGGGUAUGACGCCAUUUCCAAGAUAAUUGAAUACGAAGGAAGGCAAGAAAAGUAUGGCCUAACAUCGUCAUCUGAUGGGAAGUUUCUCAAGAAUAUUAUGACGUCCACCAGCCGACUGACCGAGCCGGAUUCUAAGAACAUUUGGUCGCUUAUCCAGAAGGAUGAAGACGGAGUUGUCGGUUUGAUGAAGAAAAUGGAAAAUUUGCUGCUGAUAUUGUCCAAAAACUUCGCCUAUGUCCGUCGCAGACAGCGGCGCUCAGUCACAGCCCUACCGCCUUUCAGCUUGGCCUCAAAUAACAUAUUUAUGGAGAUACAGCAAUUUUACACAAAGCACUCCUCUGCGUACAGUUUCCCAAUGCUUCGUGAACAAUGGACAGGCGAAUACGCCCCUUGGAAGGAUACAAAACCUACAGUCUUGGUUCCUCCGACAAUUUUCAAUGAUACUGAUUUGGCUGAUCGAGAGGCAAGCCUUGGUUUGCUGGCGUACAAGACUCUUGGUGAUUUGAUGCCAUCAGUUUUUGAAGAAGAUGGGCGCAGAUACAACGUAGAAAUUUAUACCGAUGUUGUCACAGUGACGAUCCCUGGGGUGGCCAAUCAAACACUCUCUGACAAUAUGACCAUCAUUUUCCAAAAUAAGAAGAACAAUCAAUCUACUGGACUCAGUUGCGUCUACUGGAAUUUCACUGCAACAAGUUCUCGCUCUGGGGGCUGGUCCACCGAUGGCUGCUUCUUGACUCCAACUAAUGGAAGCACCAUAGUUUGUCAAUGCAAUCAUAUGACGACAUUUGCAGCUGUGAAGUUUGUUGACAUGCUGCCACCGAGAAAGAGUGCGUUCAAAGUCCAACCUCUCACAUACGUGACGCUAUCCGUAUCUAUGGCAAUGAUUUUGUUUACGUUCCUCACCUACGUCUGCCUGAGUCAACUCCGAUCAAAUGCCAACUCAAUACACAAGAACCUUUGUGCUGCAUUGUUCUUGGCUGAGCUUGUCUUCAUCGUUGGAAUCAACCGCACUGACAACACUGCUGUUUGCCGAAUCAUCGCCAUCCUUUUGCAUUAUUUCUUCUCGUGCGUCUUUUCGUGGAUGUUAGUUGAGGCGUUUCACCUUUAUCGAUUGUUGAGCGAGAAAAGGAACAUUAACUACGAAGACAUUACCCCAUAUUAUUUUAUUGGUUGGGGUGCCCCCGUCAUUGUUGUGGGUGUGACUGCUGGGUUAACUCCCAAAGGAUAUGGGAAUCCGCAAUUCUGCUGGAUUUCAACCAGUGGGCAACUGCUUUGGACAUUCACUGCUCCUAUCAUGGCGAUGGUAGCGGCAAACCUGCUGAUAUUCGUAUUGGCAGUCGCUGCAUCAUUCAACAAGAAAAGCUCCGCCAGAGAUCUUAAGCAUAAGAAUCGCCCAAGAUACUCGCUGAUUCUUCUGCCAAUUCUCUGUGCCACGUUCGUCAUUGGUCUGAUGUCUGUCAACGCAAACAUGCAAAUGUUUAGUCUUAUGUUUUCUGGUUUUGUAAUAUUUCAGGGUAUCUACAUCGUGCUAUUCUACGUUCUGUUUAAUCGAGAGGUUCGAGACGAGUACAAGAACGCUUAUAUCAGAUGGAAGACUGGUGAUAAGAGUUAUGGAAAGAAAAGACCUCGUGUGAAGCGAACCCUCGUAGUGGACAGCUCCUAUCGCUCACAAUUGGCUCAUCUCACGGCGACGUUUAAUUUGAGCACAUCAACUACAGACAGCAGCACGGACGGUGGUCGCAUAUUCGGAAAAGGGAGGCGAGACCUUGCAAGUUCCACCCAACCUGAUUCGUCAGAUACGUCAGACGAGGACACGACAAAAGAUCCGGAAACAUAUGCGUCCGACUCAGAAACGAGUGAUGACGAUAUGCCAAUUCCUUCGAUGCCAAUGGGUAACAAAGGCCUUGGAUCAAACUUAGCCUCACCAAAUUCCACGCGGUCUUCAAAUUCAAACUCAGCUAAAUCCCCCAGUGGCGCUCGGUCGCCUGUUGGCGGGAAAUCGGCGAGUGGCGCAAGAUCUCCACAAAAUGGUUCACGGACACCGGAUUUCAAGAUGGCCAACCCGAAAAAGCUAAGAACUGCGCCUUUAUAUGCUUCAAACGGGCCAAUGCACAGCACACCAUCAGAUAAUUCGGACAAUUCUGAGAAACGAAAAUUCAAACCUGACGAUGACAGGAAUCCGAGUAUAGACGUAACAGACGUCACUGUUUUGAAUGAGGAAAUGGACGGACCAGAAGAUCCAUUGUUAUCGUCGUUAAAGCGACAAAGAGCGGAACAGAGCAGCAGCAGUGAUACUAGCGAAGUCUCGUCUCUUCCAUCGGUUAUAAGGGUUGGCCCUGGUGGCAAGCCACAGUCCAUUCUCAAGAAGAAGUCAAAAUAUGGAAAUGUGACUGAUUCUGACAGUGAGCGUCGUGGCAAGGUCAGGGUGAGAAUUUCGGACAAGUCCAAAAAGCCACUGCUGAACUUAAACAGGGAACCUUCAGAGUUUCAAGAUUCACAGGUUUGACAAACUUAAAGGCAAUGCGAUAUGAACCAGAAUCAGGUCACUUGUUACAUCCAAUGUUUCAAAAUCUUUGCGGAGAACCCUUCUAGGCCAUCCAUCAUACAAAGAUACGGAUUGGCGCGCUUUAUGACGUCACGUCAGAAUUCUCUGCUGCGUUUUGAAAACGUGCGUAUGCGUCCCCGGCUACCUUUACGUACUGGAGAUAAAAAAGUCAUAAUAGAAACAUUAAAUGUGUGAUAUUAUUUUAUCGAGUUCAGCUAGAUACAUGUAUAAACCAAGAUGCGGUAGAUUGCCCUUAUUUAGCGAUUACUAUCAACAAAGGUUUCCUCCGAAAGAAUAGCGCAGUCAACAACCAGACCUAGCGUAUGACCCUUGGCUGAUGCAGUUUGUAUUCUUGGUAAAGUGAAACGUGAAGUUGUUUCUUCUAGCCCUUUGCCAAAAUUGUCUCUAUCAUUCUUCCUGCCUUUUUAUUAUAAUUGGCUAACGAUGACUGCUCAAGUUUCAAAGUUAAUAUAAAAGGAGUAUUGCCAUAAAAACAAAAUUGCAUGUGAUGUUUCAUCUGUCCUUGCUGCAUCUCAAUCUCUCAUAUCAAUUUUUUGUGGUUUGCCAGGGUUUUCUCAUUUGACUGCUAUACUGAAUUGGAAAUUUACCUCAAUGCACAUGUGCCUGUUUUUGCUUUUUAUUGCACCAAAAUUACCAGGGGAUAGAAGCAGUAUUUUUGCUGUCAGAUUAAUUUGUCACGUAGAAGUAGAUUUUGUACGAAGGGUAAUAUAGGGGAUUUACCAAGUUAGAUACAGAUUAAUGCUAACGAAUGAAUCAUCAUUGUAACGGGGGAGUUUUCUGGUGAAUCGAGCCAAAGUUAUGCCUAUAGAAUGUCAGGGUUAUCUAUUUUUGUGUCAGCAGAGGACGAAACGCCAUUUUACCCAAAGACGUCAAAGCAAAUCUUCCCCUCAAAUUUCAGCUUGAGAUAAAACGAGCAAAGAAGAGACCCAUCCAAACACGGCUGAACAAUAAGGUGUUACCCGACCAUGUCAAAAUUGAGGUUCUGCCUUGGUUAUGAGCAGAAAAGUCUGUAAACAUCUACAUUUGAUCAAUAGACUAUGACUUUGUUUGCCUCUGUCAAGAAUGAUAUUUUCUCUUGACAUGCUAAAAACCCCGAUGUUUCUGAAGCACCAACUCAUAUGGCAUCGCAUCAGAACCAGAUGGCUUUUUUCGCCUAAACCCCCCCCCCUUCCCCAACCAAUAGCUAUGCAUUUCAGUAAACAGGUUGUUAUCUUGAGUAAACUUACAUUUUGAGUAGCUUUAAUACGUUGUUUUGAUUUUAUUUAGUUUUUAAUUACGCUCAGUCGUGAAUUAAAUUCACUGUUCUCUUAGCGUACAGUUCUAUGUACGAUAACAGCGGCUUUUCUUGUAGCAUUGGCCCGUGUAAUCAGAGAUCAAAACUAUAAAACUUGCUGGUGUUGAAGGUCGCAUAGAAGUUAGUUUUUUAAAAAUUCCAGAGCUUUUGUUUUUGAAUCAUGAUUUAGGGAUACCAAGUAUUUAAUGCGAGUAAAAAAGUUGAAAAAAUAUUGAUAAAGUUUUUCGUCGAUUUGGCAGAUUUACGAAACUUCAAAUUUUAAUAUCGACCCAAUUUCAUAUUGACAAUUUAAUAUCAGCUUUUGUUUCAGUAAAUAUGCAGAUUUUGGUCUCUGUCCACUGGUUAAAGAUAUGUCCUGUAUAAGAUACCUUUUGCUUAUUUAUUGACUUUAGCCUCUAACGUUUACUUGUAAUUUUAAUUAGUUGUUGACGUCAUCGUACUUUUCACCUCUCUUACCACUGUGAUUUUAAGCACUGCAGGGGCAAAUCUUGUAAAUUCAAAACCUCUGGUAUUUCUAUCUUAGUGGAUUUUAAAUAACAACAGGUAUAAUGAAA